CCGCUUGUCUUUCACGGGGGCGAGUCGUGCGUGUGUGUGUUCGUGUCGUCGUCGUCCUCGUCGUCGUCAUUUCAUCUACUACUACUACUACUAUUGCUGCUGCUGCUGCUACUACUACUACUGCUGCUACCAAUACCACUACCACUACUACUACUACUACUGCUGCUGCUGCUGCUGCUGCAACUACUGCCGCUGUCGUUGUUAAUGUUAUUGUUAUUAAGGCUGGCGAGGCGGCGCGCGUUUCAGGGACCGUUGUGUUGACAGGGGAGAGAGAGAGAGAGAGAGAGAGAGAGAGAGAGAGAGAGAGAGAGAGAGAGAGAGAGAGAGAGAAGGAAAAUUGAGGGAAGCAAAGCAAAGGAAACAGAGACAGAGAGAAAGAAAGAGAGCAGCCAGCAUUCACACUUUCCGUCCUGUGUGUGAGGUGAAAACAAACAAACAAGCCAAAUAAUAAUCAAAAGUAUAUAUCUGUUAGUGUUGCUGUAUGUGUAGUAAUAGUGUUGCGCGCGUGUGUUGAGCCUACCACUACUGCCAACUACAAGAACAACAACCUGUCUGUCCACGUGCCUGCAACACAAACGAGAGCACGGACAGACAGAGGCACGAUCAAGCCGUACAAUCGCCGUGCAGCGCGGACAGACUCCCAUGGUGGCCGCCAGCAGGGCCGCGCCACACAGCCGCCAGGUAUAAACAAGCUGCAGGGGAGGUAGAGGAGGCCGCGCGCCCCCUCGUGUCUGUCGUGAGGCGAGGUGAAGGCGUUCUGCUUGCCCGGAGUCAUGGCGGCGGCGGUGGUGAACGGUGAUGACGUCAUGGAGAUGGGCCGCGUGUCUUCCUUCAAGUUGGGAGACCGCGUGGUGGAGGCAUCGGCGUCUGGCUUCAAGGACAGGACCAAGCGCCGGUUCUCCCUCCCCGCUGGACCUCGGUUCGACUCUCGCCGCUCCUCGACCGUCUCCAUCUGCUCCUCCACAUCCUCCUACACAGGCUCCAGUAGUGAGGAAGAUGAGAUCUCGCCGAGGGAAAAGUCUCAGCGUAACUCUAAAGGGUCCAGUGAUUUCUGCGUUAAGAACAUCUCCCAGUCUGCCUUCGGCCGCCGCGAGAUUGAGAUAGCAGAGCAAGAGAUGCCAGGAAUAGUCGCCCUGCGGAAGAGAGCUGCAGACGACAAGCCACUCAAGGGAGCCAAGAUCGUGGGCUGCACUCACAUCAACGCCCAGACAGCAGUGCUGAUUGAGACCCUGGUGGAGCUUGGGGCCAGCGUGCGAUGGGCGGCCUGCAACAUCUUCUCCACACAGAAUGAGGUGGCAGCAGCAUUGGCAGAGGCUGGCCAGCCAGUGUUUGCGUGGCGAGGGGAGAGUGAGGAGGACUUCUGGUGGUGCAUUGACCGCUGCAUCAACACCGAGAACUGGCAGCCCAACAUGAUACUGGACGACGGUGGUGACACUACCCAUCUUAUGCUGAAGAAGUACCCUGCCAUGUUCAAGAUGAUCAAGGGCAUCUGUGAGGAGAGUGUGACUGGGGUGCACCGUCUGUACCAGCUGAGCAAGGCCGGCAAGCUGACUGUGCCCGCCAUGAACGUGAAUGAUUCCGUCACCAAGACCAUGUUUGACAACCUCUACUCGUGCCGAGAGUCCAUCAUUGACAGUCUGAAGCGUGCCACAGACGUCAUGUUUGGUGGGAAGCAGGUGGUGGUGUGCGGCUAUGGUGAGGUGGGGAAAGGAUGCUGCCAGGCCCUCAAAGGACUUGGCUGCACUGUCUACGUCACUGAAAUCGACCCUGUGUGUGCCCUGCAGGCCUGCAUGGAUGGCUUCCGGGUGGUGAAGCUGUCUGAGGUGAUCCGGCAGGUGGACAUCCUGGUGACGGCAACAGGGAACAAGAACGUGGUGACUCGGGACCACAUGGACAAGAUGAAGAAUGGCACCAUCGUCUGUAACAUGGGCCACUCCAACACUGAGAUUGACGUGAACUCCUUGCGGACCCCUGACCUGACGUGGGAGAAGGUGCGCUCCCAGGUGGAUCAUGUGCUGUGGCCUGAUGGCAAGCGGAUCAUCCUGCUGGCGGAAGGACGGCUGGUCAAUCUGUCCUGCUCCUCAGUGCCCUCUUUUGUGGUGUCCAUCACAUCCUGCACCCAGGCACUGGCCCUCAUUGAACUGUUCAAUGCCCCUGCCGGCCGCUACAAGUCUGACGUCUACCUGCUGCCCAAGAAGAUGGAUGAGUAUGUGGCCAGCCUUCACCUGCCCACCUUUGAUGCUCACUUGACUGAACUCAGUGAUGAGCAGGCAAAGUACAUGGGGCUUAACAAGGCUGGACCUUUCAAGCCUAACUAUUACAGGUAUUGAUUGAGCCUUGAGAUGCGUGGAUAACGAGGAGGAGGAGGAGAAGAAAGAAGAGGAGACAGAAGAUGAGGAAGGAAGGAGGGGAGGCCAAAAAAAAAAUACAAAUCAAAGGAGAGGAGAAGAAGAAUGAAGAGAGAAGCAAAGUGAAGGAAAGAAGAAACUAGACAUCACACUCAGCUCUUAGACAAGACACCUCCCUCCUCCCCUGUCUCAGAAUCUCUCUCCAUACUCAAAAAAAGAAAAAAAAGAACAAAAGAAAGAAAAAAAAUAUGAAAAAAUAAAGAGUAUAUAGUUGUACAUAAUAUCCUUGGGAAUGGCAUAGGAGUUGUUUGUUAGAGAACAUUAUUCAUGAUACAUUAUAUUUUUUUGUCUGUGUGGCUCACCUCAGCAUGUCUGGGAGGGUGACGCCAUCCUGGCUGGCCGCCAUGCCCAGCUUUACGUCAGUGGUGCCGAGCCAGGAGUCUUUUUCUGGGGAAGGGUCAGGGAACAAGUUGGCUUGAUUAGUAGGUAUAUUUUUCAGAAUUCAUUAAUUGCUAUGAAGUUCACGUCACUCUAGCUGGCUGGCUAAAUGUAAUAUAAUUUUUGGUAAUGAAAUGGAAAUGUUGUUUAUUAAUAUUAUCAACAUUAAAUUAUUUCCAGCAGGCCAGCAAAAGAUGUAAAAACUCAAAAGAUAUAUGUAUCUUUUUUUUUUUUUUUUUUUUUUUCUCUCAAAUUGAAUUUAUUCCCACUGAGAUAGUCUUUAUGAAAUCAGAUAUAAGUAUAUUUUUCUUUCCCAAAUCUGAGCCUGUAAUCAUGGAUGCCACACACACACUGGCUGGCGCACUCUGGCCCUGUGGACUGGUGUGGCCAGCACAGUGGGCUGGUAAACCCUGGCACUGUCAGCUGAUAUGCCCAGCAUAUUGGGCUGGUGCAGCCCUGGCACUGUGGGCUGGAGCAGCCCAGCACAGUGGGCUGGAGUACCCUAGCACUGUGGGCUGGUGCACCCCUGGCACUGUGGGCAGAAGUAACCCAGCACUGCAGGCUGGAGCACCCUGGCACGUGAGCUGGAGCAGCCUGGCACUGUGGGCUGGAGCAGCCUGGCACCACGGGCUGGAGCACCCUGGCAAUGUGGGCUGGAGCAGCCCGUCACUGUGGACUGGAGCAGCCUGGCACUGUGGGCCAGAGCAGCCCAGUACUAUGGGCUGGUGCACCUCAGCACUGUGUGGCUCCAACACCUCAAAAUAGAGAUGCACUAUAUACUAUAUUUUUUAUGCAGAUGGCUGGGGCAUGUAGCAGGUGUGGGGCCAAUGCCUGGCUGCUUUGAUAACUGAGCUGUGUGGAUCCAUUGUAGACAAAUUUUUCCUAGCAAUAACAAGACAAAUUUAGGCAGGAAUGGGUCAAGUCAGCUCAGUUCCAGCCAGCAGCAACAGCAGCAGUAGCAGCAGCGGUGGUGGUGGUGAGAGUCAGCCAGCCUGUCACUGGACCUUAAGCUUCUGCCAGGUGGUGUGAUCCAUUCAUGCCAUCUCAGUUAACACUACAAAUCAAAGCACUCCACCACCGCUGCUGCCAUGGCCGGACUUCAACACCAUCCCAUUUUCUGCGUAAUUGGCUGUUACUGUUAUAUAUAUGAAUAGGAGGUUAUAUAAUUAGCAUCAAGCAAGCAGGCUGCUCGUUCUCUGCGUUGAGUGAAAGUGAUGCCAAAGGGGAACACAGCUCAAUAGACUUCCUUUCCUCCCCUCGGCUCCUUUGUGCCGAGGGAAUGACGUUUUCAGUUUACCCGAUGCUUAAGACUGACCCAUCUGGUCUUUACUUGUGUCAGAGCCUGGCAUACCACCAGAGCAGACAGCACUGACUCAACAGAUGUGUUAGUGAAGCAACGCAGGGCACGGCAUCAGCUACAGCCAUGGUAGUUUCUGUUUGCCGAACCAUUGGAUGUCUCGGCCUCUAUGAAUAAUAAUAAUACAUCACUUGAAUAGCCCUAGUUUUCUAGUGUAUAAAUGCAGUGCUUUUACUCAAGAGUUGGCAGUGACCCCCAAGUGGGCUGCUGGCCACUAGCUAGCAAUGUCUGGCCGCUAGGCAAGGCCGGCUGUAGCAAAUACUACUCUAAGUUCAUCCCAGCAAGGUUGCCUCUGCGCUAGCAUCACUUCCAACAAACAGCAAGUUGUGGACACCCUGCAGGGAAGCAUUUCAGUUCCCCCUGAAAUCAUUAUUUCUCCACUCCUCUUUCCUCCAUAACACUUCUCAAUUUCUCUUGCCUACAUAAAACUCCUCUCUCUCAAUUUUUUUUUCCUCCAUAACACUCCUCUCUCUCUCUCUCUCUCUCUCUCUCUCUCUCUCUCUCUCAAUUUCUGAGUGGUGUACUUUGCUCUCAGCCAGCCAGGUGUGUGAGGCAGGGAUCCUCUCACCACAGUCUGUGGGGAAGUGGCACCACUGAGGCAGGAGGUGACUUUGCUGGGCAAAAACUUGCCGUAACCCUAUUUUAAGAUUGCUUUCUUUCCACAAAGCUUGUACAUGUUAAAUGAGAGAAUGGGUGCCAGUGCCAGGUGAUGGAGUGGCAAUACAAUCACCUAAAAAUCCACUUACAGCAACAAACAAUAAUUCUGGUGAUACAACCUGACCUUUGCUGACCUCACCUGACCUCAAAUCAGGUCACUCAUUCCCACUGUCAUUUUCUCUUUUGUCAAACAGAAGUGCAACAAUUCAAACAUUUCCUUGUGAGUGUAGACUAUUUUUGUAUUUUUCCUUUUCUUGUAUAAUUUUUGAAACAUUAAUUUUUGGGUUGUGAGGUCAGCAGCAGUGUUGGUAAUCUUAUGUUCUACACUAUGUUUUUUUUUUUUUUUGUCUACUUUAGUAUUAAUCUUUAAGAAUAUUCUGAUUUACACUAUUUAAAUAAGUUAUUUAGUUGGGAUAUAGAAUUACAAUCAUGACUUCUAUUUCUUUCAGUCAAAAAGAGAUAAUUUCCACAACACCAAGAGGUGUGGAUCACUCUGGUGUGUAUUUUGUCUCAGAAAAUAGUGUUAAUACAAUGAUCGCCUUGCCAUCAGUUGUAACAUCUGAAGGUUGGCUGUGAGGCAGUUGUUGCAUGCAGUAUUGUCAAAGUUACAGCCACCAAAUGGUUAUUAUACAAAUGCAAUACAUUUCCUUCAAGUGAUUUGUUUAAAUUUAAUCUGUUAAAAGCUGUGUUUAUUUACUUUCUUAUUUAUUUAUUUAUUCACUUUAUUUUUUCCCAUCAGGCAUUUUUACAAAGACAAAUGUAGACUUUACAGCUUUGCUUUUUUUUAUCAAAUUUAAUUUCAAUGUUGAAUUUACUGCAGUGUUAACUAUGAAUCUAUUAAUAAUGUCUGGUAUGAACUCCUAUUUAAUAUUAUCAUUUCUUUUAACCACCAAUUCCAAUUAAUGACAUUAUUUUUUGUUAAUCUUGCAUAGUAAAAAUUCUAUCCUUUAAA